AUGGCCGAACCACGACAAAGACGGACGCCCGUCGAUGCGCCGUCCAAAACCCCCGCUGUCUCGUAUGCCGACGCUGCUGCGGCUGCCCCCGUCCACGAUGAGGUGCUUGCGGCCCAGACCGCCGACGUCCUGACGCUGCUGCUGAUCUUGCGCUUCUGCAGCGCUCUUUGUGUCCGCACCUUCUUCCAGCCGGACGAAUACUUUCAAGCAUUGGAGCCGGCUUGGGAGUUGGCUUUUGGGCCAAUUAGCGGCGCCUGGUUGACAUGGGAAUGGCGCCAACACCUGCGAACAUCACUACAUCCAGUCCUGUUCGCUGUCGCCUAUGCCGCUGCCGACAGUCUGCUCCGCCUGAUGCACUGCGUCGGUCCCCUGCGUGCCAUCAUACUGACACACCUGCCGACGGUCGUCCAGGCCGUCAUCGCCGCCGUGGCCGACUUCUCUGUCUGGCGGCUGGCCGGUCAUCUGUACGGCCGCGAUAGCAACGCGACCUGGACUGCGCUCUGGCUCUGUGUCCUCAGUCCCUGGCAGUGGUACUGCGGCACACGCACGUUUUCCAACGGCCUCGAGGCUGCCCUGACUUCAGCUGCUCUUGUCUUCUGGCCCUGGCAGCUGUUUGCCGCCGACUCCACGUCAGCAGAGUCGCUUUUCGACAGCAGCACUGCCUACAACACUGUCGGACGUGUCGGUCCCGUUGGCCGCCUUCGCCUCUCCCUCCUGCUGGCUGCCUUUGCCGUCGUGCUGCGACCGACCAAUCUGCUCAUCUGGGCUGCCCUCUUGACGGUGGCCGUCACUCGUCUGACGCUGGACAGCUCUUCUUCUUCUUCCUCUUCCUCCUCACCUCUCCGCCCCUCCUUUGUCGCCCGUCUCGCCGUCGAGAUCGCUGCCUGUGGUAGCCUCGUGCUUGCUGUCUCCGCCGUCUCCGAUCGCCUCUUCUACGGCGUCUGGACCCUGCCCGCAUACACCUUCCUGGACGUUAACCUCGCCCAAGAUGUCGCCGUCUUCUAUGGCCGCAACCCCUGGCACUACUACCUGUCACAGGGCCUCCCGCUGCUGACAAUGGCCAGCCUGCCGUGGGCCCUGACCGCCGUCUAUGCCGCCUUGACCUCGUCCUCUUCGCCCUCGUCUUCCUUCUCGUCCAAUGCACGUCGCGCACUCGCCUUUUCCGUCGUCACUACUGUCGCUGUCCUGUCGCUUGUCGCCCACAAGGAAGUCCGCUUUCUGUAUCCGCUGCUGCCUGUCCUCAACGUGCUGGCAGCUCCACAGGUGGCGUCUUUCUUCACUGCCACCCUGCCCUCGACCUCGUCUGCCUCAAAGGCCCCUCCUUCGGCCACUUCCCUUCGCCACAAGCGGCUCUUGUCCGUCGGCCUCGUCCUCCAGGCCGUUGUGGCCGUCUACCUGUCCUUUUUUCACCAGCCGGCACCGCUGUCGGUGCUCUCCUUUCUGCGCCACGAGUACGAGCGCAUCCACCACAACUGGUUAGAGUUGACCGCCGCCGAGUUGCCCUACUUCGACGUCUACCCCGACUACUCUUUCCUCCACCAGUCAUCAAUACCGUCCAUCCUCGCCAGCGGCGGUGGCGGCGACGAGCUGUUUGCCCUCUUUCUGCUGCCGUGCCACUCGACGCCCUGGCGCUCGCACCUCGUCUAUCCCGGCCUGCGUGCUCGUGCCCUGACCUGUGAACCACCACUGCAUACUGCGCCUCGGUCUGCCGAGCGCGCCGCCUAUCUGGACGAGGCCGACCGUUUCUAUGCCGCUCUCGGCCGCCACGAUCCUGCGGCCCGGAAUGCCUUCUUCGUCGAGGAGCUGUGGCCGCGGUUUCCAUGGUCGUCCGACGCAGAAGCAACAGAGGGCACAACGACUUGGAUGCACAACGGCGAGAUCCCCCGCUACAUCGUCGGCUUCGAGGGCAUCGAAGACGUGCUCGUCGGUUACUUCGCCUCUGACGAUCCUGCCACCGGCGGCGCCGAUCUGGGCAUCUCCCUGCGGCGGGUGUGGACCGGCUGGAACGGCUUCUUCAACGAGGACUGGCGGCGACGGGGAUCACUGAUUGUCUGGGACACAGGAGUGUAUUCAAAUGCGAGCCAUCCAGACACUCUGUGA